CAAGCUGCUACCAAUACGAAGCGAAGCGUUACUUGCAAUAGAAAAGCUUUAUCCCUCAACCAAGGACCAUGUCUGAUGAUGAGGAUAACAUCGGUCCCUUCCCGACCGAAAUUUCUAAUGAAGUUGAUGUCGAUGAUGGAUCUAGAGAAGACACAGUUGGCCCUUUACCAACUGAAAUGAUGCCGCAGUCUGAUGAUGUUAGUGGAAGUAAUGACUGUUCUCCUGCUCCCCCCAAAAAGCCAAAAGUUCUGAAGGAUGAAUCUGUCUACCUGAAAAAUAUCCCAACUGCUCAAUAUUACGAAAUAAGUUAUAUGCAUAGAAACAUAAUUACGCAUGUUGCUUAUUCUAAAACUCAUUACUUAAUGACUUGUAGUAAUGACGGUCAUUUUAAAUUUUGGCGUAAAGCUGAUGGUGUUGGAUUGGAGUUCAUCAAGCACUAUCGAGCACAUUUAGGAGCUAUACUCGGUUUGUCAGUUAGCUGUGAUGGUGAACUAGCGUGUACUGUUGGUGAUGAUAAGACUGCAAAGGUGUUUGAUGUUAUCAAUUUCGAUAUGAUUAGUAUGUUGAAAUUGAAUUUCUUGCCGAGUGGAUGCUGUUUUAUUUAUACACCGAAAGAUGAAAUCACUGCAUUAGCCAUAACAGAUCAGGAUAGUUCGAAAAUCCGGAUAUUUGAUGCACGCAGUCAAGAUGAACUGUUGCAUAUAAUGGAGAAGUUACAUGAAGCACCGAUCGUGUGUUUAGCUUUUAAUCCUGUAUUCGAUUGUGUUUUAAGCGCUGAUUCCGAAGGUAUGCUUGAGUGUUGGUCUAGUCCAAAGAAUAAUUAUGGAUUUCCAAACACACUGAAAUGGAAGUACAAAUCAGACACAGAUUAUUAUUGUUUAUUAGCUGCUAAAACAUAUGCAGUUAAUGCUGUAUUCUCUCCUUCUGGCAAAAUACUGGCUGUUCUCGGCGCAGAUAGAAAGAUUCGGUUGUUUCGUUUUGCAACUGGGAAAUUGAUUCGCGUCUAUGAUGAAAGUCUUCAACAGUAUUCUAACCUACAACAGUCCAAACAGCUUCUUCCUAGUAUGGAAUUCGGUCGGCGUUUAGCCCAGGAGAAAGAGCUUGAUCGGUCAGAAUUCAAACAUAGUUGCAACCUAGUUUUUGAUCUAUCUAGCAACUUUUUAGCCUAUGCUACAUUAUUGGGAAUAAAAGUAAUCAAUGUAGUAACCAAUCGCGUUGUUAGGAAUCUUGGUGGUCCAGAAAAUCUUCGUUUCAUUCAGCUGGCUUUCAUUCCACCACGUAGUUCAUCACUGUUGUAUGGUUCCACUUGUAUUGGUUCAGGCACGUCAAGCUGUGUGCCUAGUCUAGAGAUGUUGGCAAUGGCAAAUGAUGACAACACGACGCUGAAUAGUAGUAGUGGUAGUGGGACAAACACAGUAGCAGCACGCACCCCUGUGUUGGUGUGUACUGCCUUCAAGAAAAACCGUAUCUAUCUGUUUACUAAUCGUGAACCGCAUGAUGUGAAGUCGGAUGGUGAUACAAUUACCCCAGGGUCGACAGCUGAACGCGAUGUAUUCAAUGAGAAACCGACUAAGGAAGAAGUUUUAGCUGCAACAAGGGACUCAGCGACAGCUGCCUCUAGACUAGCCGGCAGUGCUAUUCUACAUACCACUUUGGGUGAUAUACACAUUCGUUUGUGUCCUAGAGAAUGUCCUAGAACUGUGGAGAAUUUUGUUGGUCACUCUAGAGCUGGAUAUUACAAUGGACAUAUAUUUCAUAGAGUUAUUAAAGGUUUCAUGGUUCAAACUGGUUGUCCUUUAGGCACCGGUACUGGUGGUGAGUCAAUUUGGGGUGGAGAGUUUGAAGAUGAAUUUCAUCCUAGUCUUCGGCAUGAUCGACCGUAUACCGUCAGUAUGGCUAAUGCUGGUCCAAAUACAAACGGUUCACAGUUCUUUAUUACUGUUGCGCCAACACCUUGGCUGGACAAUAAGCACACAGUAUUUGGUCGUGUUGUCAAAGGCAUGGAAGUUGUACAGAAGGUAUCAAAUAUUAAAACUAAUCCGAAAAACGAUAAACCAUUGGAAGAUGUCAAUAUUAUCAGUGUGACUGUAAAAGAUUUAGGCGCUGGUAUCUGAUCAUGACUAAAAUGACUGAGUCAAAAACAAACUCACUGUAUAUUUUUCAUUGAAUCCCUUUUUUCUGUAAAGGUCUAUCACACUUAUUAUUUUUUUGCACAUGUGUAUAAGAUGUUCUGCUCUCCUUCUCUCUCUCUCUCGUCAAUGUUUGUAAAAAUAUUUGUUUUAAAUAACAUAUACUGACCGAAAAUCUCAUUUGUUGUUCUUUUUAUUUACUUAUUUACUGUACCAGUUAGUUGGACAACAUGUUUGUUUGGUUUUUCUCUCUUGUCUAACUUUAACAUAUGGAUGACGAGCUUAACACUGUUGUGUGUUGAGAAACAAUUUAUGAGCCAUUUCAAUCAUGUAACCAAUAGUAGUAGUCAGUUUUUCUAUGAGAAUU